CGGCUGAUAAAGGCUGUAUGAAGGAGCUGCUGGAAGCGGAACAGCAGCAGAUAGGUCUCGCCACAUAAGCUCCCACUGCCGGUCAGCUUUUACACCUAGCUUUAUCUAACCUAACAGAUAAAACAUGAAGAUCUGGACGUCUGAACACAUAUUCAACCACCCAUGGGAAACCGUGACCAAAGCAGCAAUGCAAAAAUAUCCAAACCCCAUGAACCCCAGUGUUUUUGGAGUAGAUGUCCUAGACCGCAGUGUGGACCAUCAAGGUCGCCUUCACAGCAAACGGCUACUCAGCACAGAAUGGGGCCUUCCUUCUAUCGUCAAAGCAAUAAUUGGAAACACACGGACGUGUACGUAUGUUCAAGAGCAAUCGAUGGUUGAUCCUAAAGAGAAAACGUUUGAACUUCAGUCUUCAAAUAUCACAUUUACCAACAUGGUCUCUGUAGACGAAAGACUAACCUACAGACCGCACCCCCAAGACUCGGAAAAGACCGUGCUGACGCAGGAGGCAAUUAUCUCUGUGAAGGGAGUCAGUUUGAGCAGCUACCUGGAGGGGCUUAUGGCAAGCACCAUCUCAACCAAUGCAGGAAAGGGGCGUGAAGCGAUGGAGUGGGUUAUCCGAAGACUCAAUGCAGAGAUUGAGGAGCUUGCCAUCACGGCGCGAGGCACCAUGCGGACACCGAUGGCUGCUGCAGUCACAGAAAAAUGAACUGCAUUCCUUUAUCUCAUUCAUUGCUCUCCUCAUCUUGCUGUUUUUCUCACUUACGCCAUCUGUUUCUAAUGCCAGCAGCACUGAACCUCUUUCUCUGUCAGUGUGCUUUUCUUCUAAUGUCUUUUUUCCAGUUUGUGGAAAAAUGUUCUCAACAGCUCCCUCUUGAUUUAGCAUCUAUAUUAGAGGCUAGAGAGGGAUAGUCAACGACAGAGACUGAGGUUUUCACUUUUUUUUUUGUUUUUCUUUUAAGUUAUUAUUAUUAUUAUUAUUAUUAUUAUUAUUAUUAUUAUUAUUAUUAUUAUUAUUAACAAACAAUAAUUAAUACAUAAUUGUUAGCAAAGUGGACCAGUUCAGUAAAGAACAAACUGCUGAGACAUAUGGCAGGAAGUGUUGAAAAGUCAUUAUUUAGGAAUUCUUAACUAAUUGACCCUUUUAUCAGGAAGGUUUAAAAGUCAAGUCCUACCAUUAAAUAUUUAAAGUAAAUGCUAGUCUUGUUAUAACUAGUCUGUUAUAACCACAUGCCUAAAAAAACCUUGGAUAAACAUUUUAUACAAUUGGAAAGCUAUUAAACUGUUACCCUCCCUCCAAUUUAUUUCUCAUAUGCAGUGAAAAAAAAUACUGUUGGGUUUUAGGUUCAGCUCAGUUUAGUUAAAGUUGACACUGAACACUAUUCCUUAAAGAUUUUAUGUGUUUAAAGGAUAUAGAUAUGUAAAAUGAAGUGCAGUGAGACUAAACUGACCAUGUGUUUUUUUAAUGCAAUGUUCUUUCCUGGAUUAAUAUACUGUAACAAGAUCACAGUGUGUAUGUACACUUUGUCAGUUGUUCAACAUGGACUGUGCUGCUUUAGUGUAGCCCAAUCCAACACUUAGACUUGAAUUAUAAUAGACUUUAUUGUUAUUAGUAUUAUUAUAAUUAUAAUAAUCAUUAUUAGCAACAUUAACAUAUGUAUAAAUGCAGUUGGACUUGAUGAAGUGUGUAAAAAAAAAAAAAAGUCAAAUGAAGGGAACAAACUACUUUAGAUUCUGUUGUUUGCAGAAGGUCCAGGUUAUAUUUUUCAACAUAUAAUUUCAACACAUGUCAUUGUGUUACUGUUUGUUUGUGACCUUUUGCUGAAGAUAUCAGGCUGCAGAUACUUUUGCAUUGUCGAUGUAUUAAAAAAUGGCAUCACUGAGAAUGUAUUGUAACCUUUAACCUGCAGUUAACACAGCAGGACACGUGCAGCCUUUGUAGACUGGUACAUAAGAAAAUUCUGUUCUACAUCCCAUCUUAGUGUUUAGUUAGUUAGUUAGUUAGUGUUUAAAAGUAAUUGGAAUGUUUUAUUAAAGAAGAGACUAGCAUUUUUUAUUAUUAUUAUUAUUUUAGGCUGGAUUCCUCGACAGGGAUUAAGCCUAGUCCUAAACUACAUUCACACAGCUGUAUAGUCUAGGACUAGUCUGGCACACCAGCCCUUUAUUUUACAGGGAAAUGAUCAGUUCCACUUCAAUAGGAACAGAGGAAGUAGCUGAACGUUGCAUAGAUCAGUUUAUUGUUACGAUCCAGAGCCUGAAAUGCCAUCUUCUUUUUUGUUCAUCCCCUUCACGUAUUUGAGGAAGGUUUCACGUGCAAACACUCAUUGUGAUGAGCCUUGUGUGUGUGGUGAGGAUUUUGAUGACUAUUUUCAGUUUCUACAGCCAUAGUCAUGUGUCAUCAUGGAGAAUGUGCUUCUUAAGAUUAUCUUACGAAAAGAAAAAAGGAUGUGUAAUUUAUUAUCAUUUUUCCCACCAGUUUUUGAGGCCAAACUAAGAAAGAAGUGGUAUAUUGAUAGAUGGUGUUACAGAACAGGGCAUGUAGGUUUUGCUUGUUGCCUAAUGUAAUCAGGCUUCAUUAGAAGAUGACGAAAAUUGGUAUAUUUAUUUAUUUAUUGUUUCAUACAAUGUUUUUUGUAUGGUUCAUGUAAAAUUCAAGUGGUUACUGUUAUGGUUGUGGGUGUUUUCCUCAAGUGUAAGACCUCGUUUACAGGUUGUGUUCGGAUUGGAAAUUACCUCAUCUUGGAUUUAAAACAAACAAAAAAAAAAAUCAUAUAAUUCAAUGCACUUAUCAAUGCUACCUAAUCUGUGGGCCACUAGUAUUACAUCAAUUCAUCAUUACGUCAUAUCUUCCUGAUUGUAUCAGGUUUACUAUAGAUUAGUAUUAAUUUAGGGAAAACGUCAUAAAUAUACAUUUAAACAUCAUGGGUUAACAAUGGCUGAACUUUUUUUUUUUUUUUCUUAAAAAUAUCUGGUUAAAAAAAAAAAAAAACAGAA